AAAUGCGAGCAGUUUACAUGAGACAAAGGCUGUCCCAUGUGUUGACUGAUAGGCGCUCAUUUCCCCUAAGAAGAUCCUGACCGAACAAACACCCAUCGCCCACACACCACGUGCAAGUAGAGAGACACCAACAAGCUCGGCAUCGUCAUCAGAGCGCUGGGAGCAGAACAAGGUGCCAGUGUUAGUGUGCAGAGUGUUAAUUGCCCCGGACACGAGCUGAGAGACCAGGGUGUAAGUCACAACUGCCAACUCAGCUUUAUUAAGUGCCAGUGUUUACAGCAGAUUUUGCCUUGCGGAGUCAGAUUUCCAGUAUUCAGCAUGAGCUUUCCCGGUUGCUGGCUGUUCCUCACUGUGUAUGGAGCUGUGUCCGUGAUGCUGGUUGGCACUGAUAGCGCCGGAGACCUGUUUAUCCAGGACAUACUGCAGCUGUACGGAAAGAACGGGCGAUUGAGUAGCAGCAAUGUGAGCCAGCUGCUGAAUGGCUGUGAUGCACACGGCGAAUUGCACAACUUGGAACAUCUGCACUACAACCGGUGUUUAUCUACUGAGGAUAUAUUUUCUAUUUACAAUAUCAAAACUGAUCAAAUUACCAAUGCUACGUUUGAGACAUUCUGCCCGGCCAUUUUACAUCAAAUAUUUUUUCAUCCGUGUUCAUUUGAACUCCAAGAAGAGAACACAGAAAGGCCGAGCCCUGCACAAGUUUGGGGAUUUAGCUUUCUUACUGUAACCAUCAUUAAUCUUACAUCACUGCUUGGAUUGUUUCUAACACCUGUGAUCAAGAAACCGUACUUUCCAAAAAUAUUGACUUAUUUUGUGGGACUUGCCAUUGGAACUUUGUUUUCAAAUGCAAUUUUUCAACUUAUUCCAGAGGCAUUUGGGUUUGAUCCGAAGGUUGAUAAUUAUGUUCCCAAAGCAGUGGCUAUUUUCGGAGGAUUCUACCUUUUACUGUUUGUGGAGAGAUUGCUGAAACUGAUUCUGAACAUCUAUGGUGAGGGUGUCCAUAACCAUUUAGACAUUGAUCAAGUGCCUCAUCAAGAAUUGCAAAUCGAGUCUCCAGCAAGUAAACUUCCCAAUGGAGGUAUCGUGUAUUCAAAUCCCACAGUAGCAGAGCCUAAUGGAGUAAAUCAUCUGGAACACACGAGCAAGGUUUCAUCGAAGGACUCAAUGGAAGAAGUGCAUUGCUGCAAGGUAUUGAAGUGGACACCUCUGAAAAACAUUGGCACAUUAGCCUGGAUGAUUACUUUAAGUGAUGCCCUGCACAACUUUAUUGAUGGACUUGCUAUUGGGGCUUCCUUUACCCUGUCAAAUUUGCAAGGACUCAGUACGUCUAUUGCAAUUCUAUGUGAAGAAUUUCCUCAUGAGUUUGGGGAUUUUGCAAUCCUAAUAAAUGCUGGAAUGAGCAUUCCACAAGCUUUGUUCUUCAAUUUUAUCUCGGCUUGUUCAUGUUACAUUGGCCUAAUAUUUGGGAUUUUGAUUGGCAACAACUUUGAGCCAAGUGUCAUCUUUGGAAUAGCAGGAGGCAUGUUUCUCUACAUUGGAUUGGCAGACAUGUUUCCAGAGAUGAAUGAAAUGCUCAAAGGCAAGAUAAAAGGAAGGAGAUCGGACCUAAUCUAUUUCUCAAUUCAGAAUGCAGGGUUACUCUCUGGAUUCGCCAUUAUUCUACUAAUUACCCUCUAUUCAAAGGAAAUUAAGUUGAAUUAAGAUCAUGAGCCAAGCACAACCUAGCAUACAAAUACGACUUGUUGAAUGUCAUGUAUGUUUUUAGAUUUUCAUAUCUUCCGAUCUCAAGAAAUAAAUGAUUUAUUUUUAUGCACAAUUUGAUGAAAGGACUUUGAAAUUUGGUUGAAAGAGUGAAUAAUGAACUGCUGCUAUCUUAGUAAAUUUAUAUAAAUAUUUAUGUAUUUUUAUUUGUUACACCAGGCAUUACCUGUACAGUGUUAUAGUGAGCAUGGUGUUACAGUUUUUUUUCUAAGACUAAAGGCAGCUGGUGCCACUUAAUUCCAUGUGAUUUUGGAAAUAUUAAAAAAAUGUGCUCACGUCCAAAUCACAGUGUAAUUGAGAAGGGCUUUUAUAUGAAAAUACUUUUUUCUUUCUAUAUUUUGUACCAAAUUGUCUUUGUUUAUUUGCACUUGAAAACAAAUAGGAAUAGUUAAAUUUGUAAAGUCUUUAACUAUUUUUUACAUAUAAAAUCUAGUUUUCAGAACAAAAAAAUCGUGAAAUGUAAUUAUAUUUUCUGCUUAAUA